AUGGGCGCUUAUUUAAACAGGCCAGUGGUCGAAAAGGAGAAAGAGGAAGGCUCCGGUGACAAGUUCAGCUAUGCCUGUACCACAAUGCAAGGCUGGAGAGCCAGUCAGGAGGACGCUCACAACUGUGUUGUCGAUCUUCACCCCGAAUGGCACAUGUUCGCAGUUUACGAUGGUCAUGGUGGAACCGAAGUGUCCAAAUUCACAUCUGCAAAGCUUCCCGAAUUUCUGAAAGAACGCAAAUUCUGGGAGUCCGAGGACAUUGGAGAGUGUCUUCAGAAGGCGUUUGUCGAUUUUGACGACUUCAUUCGCGCCGAAGACUCGAUGAAGCUUCUCAAGGAAAUUGCCAACGAGGGAAAGCCACGUAGAACGCCAGGAGACGAUGCUCAAGACGAAGCGGAUCGUAUCGAUACCAUAGAGGAGUCUGCGAUUCCGAUUACCGAGCUUUUGAAACAGUAUGGAGGAGGUGUUGGUGGUGGAUUAGGAAAAAGUCUGCUCCGAGCUUUCUUGCAAAAUAGAGGCGACGACUCUGACUCUGAUGAGGAUGAGGAGAUGAAUGAGGCCGAGGGUGAGGAAGAAGAGGAAGCUGAAGAGGAAGAUGGUCAAGAGAAGAAGGAGAAUACAGAUGAUGCUGAUGUUGAGGUUGAUAUUCAGAAGGAUGCCGAGAAAGGAGACGUUGAGGAAGAGGAGGAGAAAAAAACGAAGAAGGUUCAGAAGAGAUGCAGCAAGUCUCCAAUUCAAUCGGAAGCUAAGAAGUCUAAGUCAGACGAGUCUGAGGAUGCAAAGGCUUCGUCGUCAAGCGGUCAAGAAAAAGGCGCUGAAGUUGAAGAUGAAGAGUCUUCGGACAACGACUUCGUUGCUGAUGAAGAAGCAGAGGAUGAGGACCAAUCGGACGAGGAGACCGAAGCGCCCGAUUUCGGCCAACUCAUGCUCGGCGGAGGAGGAAUCGAGGUUCCAGGCGAGGACUCUGGAACCACCGCUUGCGUCGUGCUCGUCGGAAACGACAAAGUUAUUGUUGCCAACGCAGGCGACUCUCGUGCAAUUCUCUGUCGCGCUGGAAAGGCCAUCGACUUGUCUGUAGAUCACAAGCCAGAGGAUGACGUAGAGACAAAGAGAAUCCACGCAGCCGGUGGAACUAUCGAAGACGGACGUGUCAAUGGAGGUCUCAACUUGUCGCGCGCUUUUGGAGACCACGCUUACAAGAAGAACCACGCUCUUCAUCUCAAGGAUCAGAUGAUUACCGCUCAUCCAGACAUCAAAAUCGAGUCUCUUACUCCAGAAGACGAAUUCCUCGUAGUUGCUUGUGACGGAAUCUGGAACUCGAUGGAAUCUCAGCAAGUUGCCGAUUUUGUCAGCAAGCUGCUUGCCGAGGGUAAGACAUGCGCCGAAGUCUGUGAUGCUCUUUGCGAUGCCUGUCUGGCUGAGAGCACCGAAGGAGACGGUACCGGAUGCGACAACAUGACAGUCAUUUGCACCAAUUUCAAGCGCUAG